AGGUAAUGUAUGAACAGUACAGUAUCGUUGUACUUUUGUGUGUUUUUGAAACCCUAUUGUACUUUAACUUCAUUUUUUGCAGGAAAGAAACGACGAGGUCGAGGUAGACCAAAGAAAGCUGCCAAAAAAUCAAGAAGGCAAAACAACGCAUCAGAUUACCAAACAGAAGGGAGGACGAAAAAAGUCUGGAAGUAUAACUACAGUUAUCCAUGUCUUUUAUGUGACAAGAAGUACAGGCAGCAGUCUCACCUUGACGCCCAUAUUAACAUGCAUACUGGGGCAAAACCAUACAAAUGUGAGAUCUGCCUCAAGAGAUUUGCUUCGACUAUGCAUAAGCAAAUGCAUUUAAAGAGAGUACAUGGAAUACGUAUUAGUACAGUGAAAAAGACACAACCAUAAAGGUAUUUAUUGAGGAUCAGUAGAUUGUAUCAUUUGUAAGUGUUCCAAGUCAUCUGUUUAGCUCAACCAAUGAUUGACAAUGGGCUUUGCUUUAAAAUGUAACUUCGUUCUAAUUUUUUUUUAUUGCACUUGCUGUUUUAUUGUUGAUGUUUGAUGUUUUUUCAUAAAAACGUGUGAUAUUAUCCUGGCUUUGUAUGACAACUAUAAUUGUCCGUGCCAAUAAUUUAUUGACCAGAUCAAACUUCUAUACUUUUUUAAUUUUCUGUAAUUAUCUUCUUCCUCUACAUACACCUGUAGUUAUUAAAUGUGGAUAUAAAGUACCAUUUAUUUUGGUUGUGACCAUCCUAAAAUUAUAUGAUAUAAUGAGGAAUAUGACAGUGGUAUAAUGAAGAAUGAUAUUCCCAAGCUGUGAGUAAGUCUAGACUUAUGAUUUAUACCAUAUAUCCCAGUUUCUAGGGACAACUGAUAUAAUUCAU